GCAGAGUGCGUAUAUAAAAAAAUUUGAUGAGCGAUUAUGUAAGAUAUUAUGUAAUCACAUAUCACGUGACCACCGCGGCCCGUACCAGAUAGUUUUUCCCACGCUUCCUUCUUCCAAUGGGUUCCAACACAAUGAUCUCAACCGGUUUGGGCUGCCUUUGGAGAGGUUUACGUGGUUGUUUACGUAGUUGUUACCAUUGUUCCCGUUGUCUGUCAAGUGGUACACCAUGGAUUACAAAGAGGAGCAACAGCAGGAGGUUGAGAUCCUCCAAUCGAUCUACCCGGAUGAAUUUGAAGCCGUGGACGAUACGCAUUUCAACAUCACUCUGAGGCUGGAAACUGCCAGCGAGAGAACCCACCUGCUGAUUCUUCAUGUAACGUACCCUGAGACGUAUCCAGAGUGUGUUCCAGAGCUCUCACUGGACCACGAAGUAUUAGAGCCGGAGGUUGAGUACGAAGAGGACGAGGAUGAAGAGGACGAGGAGGACGCAUCGCAUCAUAAGCCUGUAAUCGUUGCAGAGAUUGUUGAUUUUGAGCAGGCCGAUCUGGACGAGUUCCUGGCCAAAUUAAACGAAGAGGCAGAGGAGCAGGUUGGAAUACCAUCCGUCUUUGCUCUCUGCUCGAGUUUGAAAGACAUUGCUGAACAGUCAUUCGAGGCUAAGGUCGAGCAGAGGCAGAAGAAGCACGAUGAGGAGCUCCUGGCCAAAGAGCGUGAGGAGCAGAAAAAGUUCUACGGUACCAAAGUUACAAAGGAGUCGUUCAAUGAGUGGAGAGAAAAGUUCAGGAAGGAGAUGGGAAUCGACAAGAGAAUUGAAGAGAGAAAGAAACUAUACCACGGAGGGAAACUUACAGGGAAGGAGAUAUUCGAGAGAGGUCUUGCGGGUGACGAAGACGACAUCAACAUCAAGGACUUGACAAUUGAGGAUUGAGCCGGACAAGGAGCACAAUAACAG